AUGGAAGAGGUAUUGGUUGAGAAUAAGAAGUUGUUGGAUAGAGAAAAGAAGUUAGAGAAGCGUGUAAAGUCUGUGGAAUCUGAAAAUACUUCCUUGUUAAAGAAAAUUGAAGCUGAUCAGACUGAAAUUGAUAUUCUUAAAGUCAAAGUCGCUGAGUUGGAAGAAGAGAAAGCACGCAGAGAUGAGCACAACAAAUACUUCGAUUUAAAGAACAAAGAGUUGGAUGCUGCUAAAGCUAUGAAAGAACAUGAGAUAUACAUGAUGAAUAAAGUGUUAGAAAAUAUGCUUGGAAAGUCUGUUGAGCAGAGGUUUGAAGAGAUAGAAGUAGAAGAGGUUAGAGCACGACGUCAAGCUGAAAUUGAUGCUGAAAUGAAGUUUAAAGGAAAGGGUGUUGAAGGUAAUCCUCGUCCGAUAUCUGCAGUGUCUGGAAUUUUUGAAGAAGAUGUGUUGAUAGAUGAUGUAAUUAAUGAUGAGGAAGAUGUUGAAGAGGAUGAUGACGAAGAGGAUGAUGAUGAAGAUAAAGUUGAUGAUGCAGAUGAUGUAUUCUCUGCAAGCAGUCACAGUGACGAUGAUGAUGAUGACGAUGAUCAGGGUGGUACUGGUAUUAAAGUCACUGAAGCAUCGACUGAACAAAAUGUUGAUGAUUUUCUUCACGAUGAUGCGAAUGAAGAUCAUGAAAGUGCUGAAGGUGAGGGGGAGCAAGUGGAUGAUCAAAAUGUUGAUAAAGUUGAAAAGUUAAUCUUGCGUCUAGAGCCUGAAGUAGAGGAAGGUGAGAUCAGGCAUACGUAUACAAUGGCUGAGAUUAUCGAGUUGACGAAAAUUGAUGAUCCCGAUUUCAAAUUUGACUUUGAAGAAGAGUUGAAUGCAUAUGAUGUCAACCAACAGCCCGAGUAUCAGUACAAGUAUGUUGAUGAAGCUGAUAAUUAUGAUAGGGUUGAGGUUGAAGACUGCAGCGACGAAGAGAAUGUGGAUAUAGAUACGUCCAACUUUCCAACACUAGUUGAAUUUUUCAGUCAAGAGAAUGCAGAUGAGUUGAGAAGGAAAGUUGCUGAAUGCUUGAAAGACAAAAACUCUGAUGGUACGACAAAAGAUCCACAGCGUGAAGAACGCAAGAAGUGGUUUAGAAAAGACACAGAAAGAAAGUUCAAGCAGCCAUUGAAGUAUUAUAAGAGAGACCAGAAUGUUUCACUCGGGGAUAUCUAUCAGUUGGGGAUUCUUGCCUCAAGUAAAUGUGAUAUCAUGACAUUACCCUGGUGGGAUGUUGAGGAAUUGUCGCAGGUUAGAACGUUGGAUUACCCUAUCCGAAAGUAUGAUAUACCCGUCUGGGGUUUGAUGAAGUUUGAAGCAUUCAGAGGGUUCAAGCUCUGGAAGCCUCACUACCCAAAGCAAGUAAAGAGAGUGGAUCCUGAAACUGGAAUUGAAGAAACUAUCUUGAACAUAAAGAAGCCAAGAGUGAUCAAGAAUAUUCCUGUGCCGAAGAUGGAGCAAGAUUUCCAUACAGGGUUCUUGUAUUGGGUGUAUAGUUAUUUGACGACUGAAGCUGUGAUUACUUACAGAGUUGAAGCUGAAGUCAGAUAUAUUCAUGUGUAUAAUCCUAUGUGGCUGGUUAACUGCUCGGCCAAAGAUAUUGAAUGCUUAUUUGUGAUCAAGAUUGGAUUUAAAGCUGAAGACAAAGAGCAAGCUAUGCAGUUUCAGAAGGUUGUGACCAUCUGUUUCCAGAAAGGAAUGAAUGCUGAAAGCCAAUGGUCAUCUAAGUGGCGAGAGAUCGAGAAAGAAGAAAAGUUGAAAGCUGAGAAAGAACGAAAGGCACGUGAAGACAUGGAUAACAUGCUGAGACAUACAGUUAAUCAAAGAAUGGCUGCUGAGGAAAAGAAAAGAGUUGAUGAGAACGAGAAGCUUAGGAAGCUGUUGAUGAAAAAGCCUAAGCCGAGGGAAGAGAAAUUCAAGUCGCUGUGA